AUGUCCACCGCUCGCCCGAUGAUCACCAGUCCCUACCAAGCUCAGGCUCAGCCCAUGUGCUCAAAGCGCCCACUUUACACCCCGAGACCACCUCCUGGGUUCAAGCGCAAGGUCUGGGACAUCAAGACCAGGUUCGACGUCACCUUUGCCCUCUCCGUCAUGUCGCCAACUGAGCAGCUCAUCAUCUGGAGCAUUCUCCUCCUUUGCGCUACUUCCAUUAUGUACUACAUCUUCGGCAACGCCACUGUCCAGCUGCUCUACGCUACCACCCGCUGGACAUACUACGUCUACGGCGACGAAGCGGCCCACCCCAUCAUUCAUGGCAUCAGCAGGAAUGUCUCUGCCAGGGUCUGGCAGCUCGGACAAGGAGGCAAGGCCGGGCGCGCACCGGCGGCCUUUGCUGCGCUCAGCAUGGGGGGCAAGGUCGUACCUUGA